UCGACCGUCACGAGCACUAUAACCGUCGUCAUCGUCCAAGCUUAACCUUCACCCUUUAAACUUCAAUCUUAUUUAAGUUUUUCUGUUUGUAAGCGUAAUUAUGACUCUGACAUUAGGAAUCAGGCGAGCGACCGCGAUGAGUUUCUUCGCACAGGGCGCGCAUACGACGCUCGUGCCCUCGCUGAAAACGCGCAACGAGGACGAGCUGGACGGGUGCGCGGAUGAGAUGGACUCCGCGUUAAAGCCGGUGAGGCCGGGAACGAACGGAACAAAAGGCCUCCAGCUCGACGGGCGCUUCGUGUCCGCGACCGACGGCUCUCUCCCGUCCACUCCGGACUCAGCCGAGCUCGGGUCCGCAGAACUGGACCGUGAUACUCGACAGCUCCUGCUGGACUUCUAUCGCACACACGGAAUGUGUUCACCCGAGCAGAACCACAACAGCGCGCUGCCGACAAUGAGGCGCGUCGUCGGGGAGAUUCUCGAGAAGCACCAGAUCGUAUACAAAGGCAUGUUGCAGCGCCUCCACAUGGACUCUCAGAAGGACUCGCUGGACUUCGUCGGCUCGAUAGCGAAGAGCAUGUUCAGCGACGGCAGCACGAACUGGGGCCGCGUCACGAGCCUGGUGGCGUUCGGGGCCGUGGUGUGUUCCCGCCUCAAGGAGUGCCAGCGCGAGGAGUGUGUGGAGGCCGUGGCGCAGCAGAUCUCCUCAUACCUGAUCUCAGAACAGCACCACUGGCUGCGGAGCAACAACGGCUGGGAAGGGUUUGUGCAGUUCUUCCGCGAGGAGGAGGACGUGGAGUCGCGCGUGCGCGGCGCGCUGAUGGCGGUCGUCGGCUGCGCGGGGAUCGGCGCCGGCCUGGCGUUGCUGAUGCGGUGAGAACGGGCCGCUCCGGGGCAAGCUGAGCCGCCCCGCCGACACUGACGCGCACCAGUGUGUCGUUCGGAGUGAACCUCCGGCUACAGUCCGGCUCUGUGCCGGCGCCUGCUCACGCCACGCGAUUGGGCUCUUCGCGAGCCAGAUGUGACCAAGAUUAUAGACUUUUCAGAUUUAUUUUUUUAUAAUAAAACAAAUACUGAAAGAA